AUGGCCUCGUCUACUGCCAAUAUGCAGCGGAAGGCGUCCGCAGCCCGGGCACCUAAACCACGACCCAAAACAGCGCAGAAGGGGGUUAGAAAUCCGGUGGUGCAAGUUCCUGGAGAACCACCACGAAAGAAGCUAAAAUAUGUCCCUGGAGGCCCCGGAGGAGGCGGGCGGUAUAUCGAGGUGGAUGAUAUAGACCCGCCACCUCGAGCGUCGUCGCAGAUGCGAAAUAAAACUAGCACUCCACGGACUCGACCUGCCCGCGACUCCUCACGCCUUCACCCCGCAACUCCCACGUCCUCACGUUCGAAUCGACCGAGAACCCAGGCCCGGAGAUAUAGCUCUGCCGCGGCAGCAGUAUUGGCGGUAACUCAGAGUGAAGGAUACAUGCCUCGUGAGGAGCGCGGUUGGGAGGAAUUUCACCCUGAUCUUGAUAUUGAUGCCCAGAUCGCUGUGUUCAGUUCGAAAGAAGUAGACGGACUGACAAACGAUGAGAAUUCGCCCUCAAAUGGAGCAAACGGGAAUGGAUUUGGGGCUAAUGGAGAUACUAGCAGUACGCCAAAUGGGUGCCGAGGACCAAGUCUAUCCCCGUCAAAGCGUCGUCUUGAUAAACCGAAAAGAGUGGAUGAUAUCUCGGAGCAAUCUAAAGGAGUACUGCUAGCAACGUCGAAUCCGCGAGAAAAACUCACGCUACCAAAGCCAUCUUGGGUUGUUAAAGACCCGUUUUUACCGUUUGAGCAGAAGGGAGUUGGACAGCAAAAUUAUGUUGACCGUACUAUGGCGAGUGUAGGAUACCAGGAGAGUGAUAUUUUCCUUCGACAUGAGAGACGAAUGAUUCGGCUAUCUGAAGGCGCAACGGACGGCGAUCUUGAUCUAGAGCCGCCUCAAUCCACCGAGGGGGAAGCUGGCCCACCUCUCCCAAACGCAGACGUGGGUAGGGUGGAGUAUGAUAUGGACGAGCAGGAUGCCAGAUGGCUAGAAGAAUAUAACAUGCAACGAAAAGUUGAGGAAUUCGAGCCGAUCAAACCCGCAAUAUUUGAAAUUACCAUGACCAAAAUAGAGAAAGAAUGGCAUGCUCUAGAACGACGAAUACCCAAACCUAACCCAAAACCACCCCAAACACAACGGCCGCGUUCCAGUUCUGCAGUGGCAGUAAAUGGUGAACAUACCGGCUCGGGAGAGGAACAAGAUAGCAAGUGUGCUGUAUGCGACGAUGGUGACUGCGAGAAUGCCAACGCCAUCGUCUUUUGCGAUGGCUGUGACCUGGCUGUUCAUCAGGAAUGUUAUGGAGUGCCCUAUAUUCCCGAAGGCCAGUGGCUUUGCCGGAAAUGCCAACUCAUUGGCAGAGGAUCACCAUCAUGUAUCUUCUGCCCCAACACCGAAGGUGCAUUCAAACAAACAAAUACUGCUAAAUGGUCGCAUCUUCUCUGUGCAGUUUGGAUUCCUGAAGUCUCCAUAGGUAACCCGUCGCUAAUGGAGCCGGUGAUUGAAAUUGAAAAGGUGCCGAGAAGCCGUUGGAAACUUACUUGUUACAUCUGCCGUCAGAAGAUGGGCGCUUGCAUACAGUGCAGUAACAAGAAUUGCUUUGUAGCCUUCCAUCCCACCUGUGGAAGGCGGGCUCAUCUAUAUUUGAGAAUGAAAAUGACUCCAGGCGCUCCUGCCAUUAAGGACUCAAAUGAACUUAAAGCCUACUGUGAUAAGCACGUUCCACCAGACUGGCAGGCAGAUCACAAUACCUCUUCCGCUACAGCUCAAGCCUUGGAAUACUACCGUACAGCCAUGCAAGGGAAAAAAUGGGGGGAUAGCCAAGCUGCAGCUCUUGCCAUGGGACCGGAAACUCAAGAAAGCACGGACCCCAACGAGUGCGAUGGGAGGCCUAUAACGCCUCGACUAACGUUAACUGUUGGUAGUAACAAUAAGCGAAAACGUGCCAACCCCAGCCCAAGAACAAUUUGGAAGCUGCCCUCUGGAGCUCCCGUUAUCCCACAAGUUGUGCUUGACAAUGUUGUCGCAUCCUUGGCCCGUUUCACAGUACGUCAAAGGAAACAAUACGCCGAGGACGCGUGCAAGUAUUGGACUCUUAAACGAGAAGCUAGGCGAGGUGCUGCAUUAUUGAAACGAUUGCAACUUCAACUCGAAACCUUUUCAUCUAUGGAAAUGACUAGGAGGAAUUUCUCUGGAAUGGGCCGUGCAGGAUCUGUCCGCCUGGAGCGUCGAAUAGACUUUGCGGAAAGAUUAUACCAGGACGUUGACAAGGUUCGAAUGCUAUGUGGUGAGGUGAAGAAGCGUGAGAAGGAAAAACUCAAGGAUGCAGAAACCCUUCAGAGUAUUAUUGAUAUAGUUUACUUCCCUAUACCCCCAAUGCUGUGGCCGGUAUUUGAGAAAGCUCAUGCAUUGGAUGGAAAGGGUGUGUUCUUCGUUGGCUUCCAGGCAAUUCGGUCAAAGCUAGAAGAACGGUACUAUACUUCUGUUUCCGAAUUUUCUCGGGACUUGGCACAGGUUUUCACUUCAGGGAUUGGAGUUGCCUCUGUUGGAGAUACGGCAGAGCUACAGAUGCAGAUCAGCGGUCGUGCUCCUGAACUCAGCCAUGAGCAACGAGAGAAGCGGAAACUUGCGAAGCGAAUAAUCAAAGCUGUGCAACCAUUAUUGGAGGAUGCAUUGAAGAAGGAAAGCGAGCUUAACGGAAAGCCUUAUGAGAAUGAACUCAAGGGCCUCGACCUCAUCUUUGAAAACAGUGUUGGUUCUCGUAGAGGUUCUAUCAACACCUCAACUGGAGAAGCAGUCAAUUCUGCUUUACUUACCGCCAUGGCAACGCAGCCGUUACCAAACGAAACCGAGCCCGAAAUGCAGGAAACUAGCCUUAACUUGACUCCUGAAUCUAAAAGUGAGGUUAAUGAAAAGCUAACAGAGUCGGCCAACAACGAGAAGCGGACCCCGGAAACAAAUGGGGAUCUUGGGGGCGGUGAAGAUCAAGACACAGAAAUGACGGAUGCUCCAGUAUCAGUAUUUCAGGAGGACAGCACUGAAAUGGUGAUUCCACAGUCAGAGAAGCAACAGUCCGGCAGUGGCUCCAACGAGAGUGAACCAUCUCAAGCGCCUGUGGAGAAUACGGGGGAAGAAGCGAUCCUUCAACCUCAGAUUCCGCGAGACGAAGCCACGCCUCCCACACCACCCGCCAGCUUUUCGGAAGGCCAGCAGCUCCUGCCGUUAGCCCAAGGUGGUAUUCAGUGGUACAUGCAACCCUUUGACCCCAUUGGCACCACCAUCCACGAGGAACGGUGGACUGGCAGAGAGCUGGUUCGUGGCAUGAGCGAGGAACUUAGUGACAUAGGCGACGAGGAACUCCGUGACUUAGCCGGAGACGAUGAUGGCGUCGAGAAAGUGCCGGCCGAGCCCACUGGACAAGGCGUUGAACCUACUACGGCCCUAGAAGAAGAGCCCUCCAGGCCCAAAUCGCAAAAAUCCCGAAAGCGAUGGCGAGGAUUUAGAUAG